UUGUGUGUGUGUGUAUCGAUUUUGCUGGAGUACAACGGACGGUGCAGUGGACCAAAUGUGCUGUGUUUUUGGAUUCGGCGGCGGUAGUAUUGAGUGUGGGUGGUUCGGCAUCUCCGCCGUUCUCUGGGUCGCCGCGCGAAAGUCAGCUGUGCUGCGAGUGCGGCGGCAGCGCGGGUGUUUGGGGGUGGCGGCGGCGGCGUCGGCAGCGAGGAGUGCGCGCGGGGCGUUAACUCAGUGUUCCGAACAUUUUUCCCACUUAUUAUGAAGUUUGCCACCUCACCAAAGACGCAGUGAUUUCACCUUCGUCGCAAAGACACCGAAAAGAAUUGAGAUGCUACCAUGGAGACGUUUAUGAUCCAAUCUGCGAGUCACAUGCCGCAGAGACAAAACAUAUCAAAGGCAAAACGUGCGAAAGUCUCUGGCAGGAUGAACGCGACGAACUUAACUGCCGAAGUGCAGCAGGAUGCGGCCGAGAAUUAUACUUCCUUGUACGCGAGCGGUCUGCUCUUCGAUCCAAACGGGACGAUGCCUUGGAACGGAAGUGACCUAUUCAAUAUUACCAACAGCACCGAUCUGGAUUACGAUUACCAAAUGGUUAGCAAUGGAACAGAUAUUGUACCCGGGGAAAUCUGGAGCUUCUGCAAGGAUUGGACUCCAACGCAACACAACUUGUACCAAACCGCCAACUUCCUAUUAGCUGCAGCUUUCCUAAUACCAGGAAGUUUCAAGCAGAGCGUGCUUUUAGUCAGGGCUUUAUUGAGUUUGGGAUAUUUACUCUUAACGAGCUGGGCCGGAAGCGAAGUCUGCUCCCCGGAUUUGGUUCUCUGGACUUCUCUGCUGCUUAUCCUCAAUCUGACCCAUACUUGUAUACUCACGUGGCGCUUCCUACCGCCCACGCUCACCCUCGAACUCACCGAGCUAUAUCUCAAGGUUUUCAGCCCACUUAGGGUCAGCAAAAAGCAUUUCAAGGAAUUGGUCAGGGAAGCUCACGUAGUGAUUUUGGAAAGGGGCGACAUCUACGCCGUCGAGGACGUCAGUCCUGCCGACGAGAGACUUUCCAUCCUUCUUAAAGGAAAAUUGCGUGUCACGUGCGACGAUACACAUCUACACUUUAUUACCACUCAUCAGUUCGUUGAUAGUCCCGAGUGGGAGGCGAAUCACGAGCAAUCUGAUGACGUUUUCCAAGUUACUAUCACGGCGGAAGAAGACUGCGUUUACCUAUGUUGGCCUAGAAUGAGAUUGGAACGAGUCCUAAGACAUCGGCCUAUGUUGAAGACUAUUUUGGAUUGUAUUAUUGGAAAAGAUAUAACUCAGAAACUUUACUCUCUGAACGAGCAUUUGAGCGGCCUAGACAUUGAGCGGGAAAAGAGUAAAAGAGAUGAAAUAUGGGCUAAGACCCAUAUAAGAAGCAUGUCAAUGGAUGCUGUUGAUACAGGAACUACCGGCUUCGUACGGUCCAGCUAUUACAAGGAUGUUCAAAGGAAGCAUUCGUUAAAUUCUUCACUUACGGGUUCGAUAAAAGGUUUGCAUGCACAAUGCUGGAUCCCAGUGGUAGCAAACCACUUUCCAGCGGUAUCUCCAUUUACUGCGGCCGCAUUAGGGAUCGAUGGUGAUGGAAACAUCGAUGCGACUUCGACGACAACUUUAUUGAGAGUGCCAGAAAUACCGAUGACUCCGCAACGGACGCGUUCCUUUAAAAAGACUCGCGAAGUCAAGUUCAAAAACUAUUGAAAUACCAUAAUAGCAUCUUCAUCGCAUUCACUCUUUGUAAAUACACACGAGAUCAUAUACAAUUACGGGCCAUUUAUUUAAACAAACAAAAAAAUAAUAAUAACAGCACAAAAAGACCAAACAUUGUGAAUACUUUUAUAUCUGUGCCUUUUAGGUCCGUAGCCGAACAAUAUUUUAAUUCAUAACAAAUAAAAGAAAAGAAAAAAACAACAAAUAUUUAACAAAUUUACACACGUCACACCAAUUCCAGACAGGACAAUCUGUUUUUAAAUUUUAAAAACUUGAACGUGUAAAUUUGUUAAUGCUAUUCAAAGAAAUAUUAUAUAUUGGAUAUAAUUUUAGGGCAAAAGUGAAACCUGCUUUUCGCUGGAUUUGUAGCUUAGUGACAAUGAGAACGUGGAUUCGAAACGUAAACGAGUUGGCCUCCUCAGAGAAUAUAGUAAUGCGUGUUACGGUAUUUGGAUGUAAGUGUUAAUUUACAAUUUCGGUUCUUUCCUUCUUUUUUUUUCCACUUAAAUGCCUUCCAUGGAGCGGGAUUUGAAAUCGGAAGAUUUAAUAAGAUUGAGCGAAGUAAAAAGUGUGUAGAAUGUAGCCUUAUGAUAUUAUUAUAUGAUAAAACACAAAAUUCAAAAUGCUAAUGUUAAUG